AUGCCUGCGUGCCAACCUUUGUGCUGUGGCGGCAAGGUUACGGACAAAGCGCAGUUAUGUAACUUGAGUAUGAGCGCCGUCACGGUCAUACCAAACGCAGACUUCAUCGAUAAAUCGGAUGCCUCCAGCAGCUCAACCUACAAAGCAUAUUGCGCGGAGAGGGCGCCGAUGGAGCAGUUGCAUCCUGCUCUCACUGUGGACCACAAGGCGAUGCGCAAGGCCUGGUAUCGAGGACCCGUCAAAGUGGCAUUUGGCUUUGGCACAACGAUUGACGACCUGAUAGCCUACGCCAAAAGGGUCGAACUGCUCACGAACGAGAAGCUGGACGCUUGCAAAAACAGGCAAUACCGAGCUAUUUACAUCAACCGUGGCAUGUUUGCUGUUGAACGUCACCUCACAUGGGUCACCCGUGUGCGACUAAACUUCUUCACGCCUGCGCAUGUGAAGUAUGACACCAUCGUUACGCUGUGGGAUAACUAUGCGAAGGAGGAUCGCGAGCUGGACGAUCAGGAUACGAAGGAGGUGCUUGACCUCUUGAGGAAGGAAUUGUGUUUGCCGGAAGAGGAGCAGCCGUUGUGGUACUUUAUAACUGACUUCGACUAG